AUGCCCAAUUCCUUCACGGGAUGGAUGUGGGAGAGCAAGGCUGCUACGGCGGGAGACCGAAAGGUAGUCACCAAGGCGCUGUGUGUGUGCUGCUCGUACCCGAGCAACACGGAGGUCAAGGGGCUGCCAAAGUGGGCGUCCACCGGUAAGCAUGCACUUCCGGGCUGCGUCGGUGACCAAAUGCGGAUGAAGGAUAUGCUCAAAAAGGAGGGCGUAAAGGUGCGCUUCCUGACUGACCACAAGAAGCUCAGCAAGGAGAAGGACUACUCGACCAAGAAGAACAUCGUCGCCGAGCUCAAGAAGCUCGUGAAAUGGCUUGACGGCGCGAAAGAGGAUGGGCCGGUGCGCCAGGCGUGGUUCGUCUAUUCGGGCCAUGGGGUGAUCAAUCCGAAGCGGCCGUAUAGCCUGCUCCCGGAGGACGCCCCUGACCCCGGCGGCCACGGCUUUGUCAUGCUAGAGUCGAUUGUGCCCUGCGACUACUUCACGACGUCUGAGCUUCUGAGCGAGGUUGAGCUGGAGGAGACGUUGCAGGGCUUCAACGAAAACGGCGCUCUCCUCGCCUUUAUGGACUGCUGCCACUCUGGCACCAUCCUCGGUCUCCCAUGGGACCUCGAGCUGGACGAGAGCGGCGAAAUGGUGGGGUGUCGGGCGCCCCACCCCGAGGCGAUCAUUGAGCGCUACUCCAAGUGCGGCCGAAUCCUGUGCAUCUCGGCGGCGCUCGACGCGGAGGUAGCCUACGAGACCAAGGCCGGCGGCGUCUGCACGAACGCCUUUCUCGAGUCGCACAACAAGGGCGACCCGCCGGCAAAGGUGCUGAUCGCCAUGAACCAGUACGCGAGGGACCACUACAUGAAGCAGACCAUCAACAUGUCGAGCAACGUCGAGUUCACGGACGCGGACGCGGCCGUCAUCGCCGGCGGCAUCCCGCACUGGAGCAGGUCCCUCGGGAAGAUAAUGAGCGCACCUGCGGCACUGGCGCGCUCGCUGGCCCCCAAGCCGCAGCCGGUGGUGGAGAGGGCUGUGGCGUUUGAGAAGCACCCCUCUGCCGGCGCCGUCUCCGACUUUCUGUACGCCACGGCCCUGGCCCGCCACGCCGGCGAGUGCGGGGAGAGGGCGCUCGAGAUCGCGUCCCAAGGCGCGAGCAAGGCGGCCCGCCUCGCGAGCACGGGCAAGGCGCCCGAAGAGGCGGCGGACGAGGCAAACACCUAUGCUCGCGGGCUGAUUGACGACGGCGUCGCUCGCCGGCGAGGGUUGUGA